AUAUAUAUACUCAUGACAUCAACUUUGAGGAGAAGGCUUCAUCAUGGGGAUGUUGGUGGCAAAAAGAAUGAGCAUUUUGAUUCUUUGGGCUCUGAUGAUGGUUUGAAUGAGCCUUUACUUGGGUACCAGAAAUAUGAUGACAGUGAUCAGGUAAGUACGCUUGAAGAAGUGUUGGAUGAAGGGCGAAGACGGGAACGUCUGCACUGGACGCUGCUAUUUUCUCAUCUGAUUUCUCAAUGGGCACAAUGGUUAGCAAAUAUUGUCUUUGUGUCUGGGUCACUUCUUGGCCGGAUUUUUCCUUUUGCCUCAACUCAAGCUGGAUCAACAGCAAAUCUUUUACCUCCUUUACUUAGCCCUUUACAGGAAGCAAGGCUCAAACAUCUCAAGCAAAGGCUAGCGAUCCCUUUUGAUGGUUCUUCCUCAGAUCAUCAAGAUGCUCUUAGGCAACUAUGGAGGUUAUCUUAUCCCGAUAGGCAGCUCCCAUCUCUUAAAUCUGAGCUUUGGAAAGAAAUGGGUUGGCAAGGAUCUGACCCUUCAACAGACUUCAGGGGUGGAGGAUUCAUAUCAUUGGAGAACCUUAUCUUCUUUGCCAAGACAUACCCGGAAUCUUUCCGGAACUUGUUGCACAAAAGAAACGGAAACAGAUCUGAGUGGGAGUAUCCAUUUGCUGUAGCUGGCAUCAAUAUAUCGUUUAUGUUGGUCCAAAUGUUUGAUCUUCAAUCAGGGACACCUAGCACCCUUGCAGGUAUCCGCUUUCUAGAAUUACUCAGCGAAGAUGACAUGGCAUUUGACAACAUCUUUUGCAUUGCCUUUGAAAUGCUCGAUGCACAAUGGCUAGCAAAACGUGCAUCAUAUAUGGAAUUUAAUGAGGUUUUGAAGGCCACGAGAGUGCAGCUAGAGCGCGAGCUUGCUCUUGAAGAUACUUCCAGUGUAAAAGAUUUACCUGCCUAUAAUCUGUUGAGGAGAUAAUUUAGCCUUUGUUUGCUCCAACAUGUUAGUUUUUUUUUUCUUCUAAUUUUUACACCUUUGUAACCCUCACUGUAUAUGAUGUAAACCAUGUUAAGAUUCUCUUUCUUGGAAAUAAAAAAAACCAAGUGCAUUAUGUUGGCUGGACCAUAGGUGUG